GUGAUCUGAAAUGGGGACGCAAUAACCUAGGGACCUUCCUGUGCCAGCCCCCCCCCCCCCGGGCUCGCCUCGGAGUCAGUCCCUGCAGCCUGUGUGGCAAGGGGCUGAAUCCCCGUCUGCAGCCCCAGGGCCCGGGAGGGAAUCGCCCUGGCCAGAGGGAUUUGCACCGGCUGUCCGGUCCGCAUGAAGAGGGGAGUGAUGGAGGGCAGGAUCUCCUGCCCUGACUCCUUAUGCCCGGCUUCCAGGUGCCGGUGACGUUCAAGGAGGUGGCCGUGUGCUUCCGCAAGAAAGAGUGGGGUGACCUGGACGAAGGGCAGAGGCAGCUCUAUGGGGCAACUUCCACGAGCAUUAUGAGACUCUGACUUUGCUGGGAUUCCCCGUCCCUGACCCGGCCAUGACCUCCCGGAUGGAGCGAGGGGAAGAGCCAAGGGUCCCGGAUCUCCAGGGCGCCGAGGAAAAGGAGAUCCUAAGAGGUGCCCGCACAGCAGGUGCCGGGACGGUGAGUGAGAAUGAAGAGGAAAAUCACCAGCGGGAAGGGCCUGUGGGAGCGAAGCCACAUGGGACGUCCCAGAGCCUCGAGCAGGGAGAGACCGUCGAGAGCCAGGGUGGGGCAGGGCUGGGACAGGGGAAGGCCCAGGCUAAAUCCGCACCCCAGGCACGGCACAGGCGAGUGGGCCGUGUCAUCUGUGGCGACUGCGGGAAGAGCUUUGUGAAGAACUAUGACCUCUUCAAGCACCAGCGGGUCCACACAGGAGAGAAACCUUACAGCUGCCCUGACUGCGGGAGGAGCUUCGCCUUCCACUCCACCCUCAGCAAACACCAGCACAUCCACACCGGCGCCAGGCCCUUCCAGUGCGCUGAGUGCGGGAAGAGCUUCCGGCAGAAAGGCCACCUGACCCGCCACAGCCGCGUCCACGCCGGGUUAAAGCCCUACGUCUGUGCUCACUGCGGGGCGGCCUACAGCACCCGCACCAACCUGCUGCGGCACCAGAGCGGCCACACCGGGGAGCUGCCCUACAAGUGCACGGAGUGCGGCCGGCGCUUCGGGGAGAUCGCAGCCCUGGUGGCACAUCUGGUGGCGCAUUCCGGGGAGCGGGCCCACAAGUGCCCCGAGUGCGGGAAGAGCUUCCGGCGCGGCUCGUCGCUGACGGAGCACCGGCGGGUGCACACCGGGGAGAAGCCCCACGUCUGCCCCCAGUGCGGGGAGAGCUUCAUGCGCCGCGCCACCUUCAACGACCACGUGCGCGGCCACUCCGGGGAGCGGCCCAAUGUCUGCGACGUCUGCGGGAAGAGCUUCACCAAGCGGCACUCGCUGCUGCAGCACCAGCGGUCCCACACCGGAGAGAAGCCUCACCAGUGCCCCGACUGUCCCAAGAGCUUCAUCGCCAGCUCCGCUCUGGUGCAGCACCGCCGGAUCCACACCGGCGAGACACCCUACCGCUGUGAGGAGUGCGGGCGCAGCUUCAGCCAGCGCUCGGUGCUGACCACCCACCGGCGGCUGCACACCGGUGAGCGGCCCUACAAGUGCGGCCAGUGCGGGAAGGGCUUCAGCCAGAGCUCGGCGCUGACCCAACACCGCCGCACCCACACUGGGGAGUCGCCCUAUGGCUGCGCCCAAUGCGGGCGGAACUUCAGCGGCAUGUCGGCCCUCAAGCGGCACCACCGGACCCACACCGGCGAACGGCCCUUCCGCUGCGGCCAGUGUGGGAAGGGCUUCAAGCAGAGCUCCACACUGGUCCAGCACACCAGGAUCCACACGCAGGAGAGGCCCUUCUCCUGCACCCAUUGCGGCAAGAGCUUCAGCCAGCGGUCGGCUCUCGCCAAGCACCAGCGGACUCAUGCCAAGGAGAGCGGCGGCUCUCACGAGGCCGUGGGGACGCGGUUCUACAAGGACCCCUUCGUUCAGCCGGGGGAGGGCGGCACUGAGCCCGAGGAGGUGGUGGUGGUGCUCCCGCCGGGGACAUGGGAUUGUGAGAUGCCCCCCCACGUGAAGGAGGAGCCGGGGACACCCCUGCAGGUGAAGGAGGAACCGGAGCUGCCUCAGCAGAUUCAAGAUGGGCCCUAUCGGGUUAAACAGGAGCAGCCGGAGCGGCCACAGGAAAUUAAAGAGGAACCAGCGCCCCCACUGCAGAUUAAAGAGGAGCCUGAGCUGGCUCUGCUCGAGUCCUGCUUGCAGUUCGGUCAAGCUGGGCAGGAAGUGGUCUCAGACAAGAUGGAUUCCCUUAGCCUCCAGCUGGUGCGACUGAAGUGUGUGUCUCAGGAGGAACUUCCAGGAUCCUGGAGUGCGCCGUCCCAGGAGCCCCGAGAGCGACGGGAAAGGGAUCAGCUUCCGCCCCAGAUAUCCGAGGAGGAGAGCGAUGACGAGCAGGAGUCCGUGUCAUGGACACCCAUGGUCGGCUUCCAGAUGGGACUGUGGGGUCUCUUGUGGUUCCAGGUGCCAGUGGUGUUCGAGGAGGUGGCCGUGUAUUUCUCCCGGGAGGAGUGGGGGCUCCUGGACGAAGGGCAGAGGCAGCUCUACAGGGACGUCAUGCAGGAGAAUUACCAGACUCUGAUCUCACUGGCAGGAGUCCCCGUCCCUGACCCGGCCGCGAUCUCCUGGAUGGAGCGAGGGGAAGAGCUGAGGGUCCCGGAUCUCCAGGGCUCCGAGGAAAGGGAGAUCACGAGAGGCGCCGGCGCAGCAGGUGCCAGGAGGGAAAAGCCCCAGCAGGAAGGGCCUGCAGGAGUGGAGCUGCACAGGACGUCCCAGAGCCCAGAGCUGGGAGCGGCAUCCGGGGGCGUGGGAUGGCAGCAGGGGAAGCCAUCUCAGCAGGAAAGACCCAAGACCGGUGGUCACCCGCGGGCAAGAGAGGGGCCCAUCAUCUGCGGGGAUUGUGGGAAAAGCUUCGGGAAGAGCUCGGAGUUCGUCAAACACCAGCGCACCCACACGGGCGAGAGGCCCUACCAGUGCCCUGACUGUGGGAGGAGCUUUGCCAUCCGCUCCAAUCUCCUCCGCCACCAGCGCAUCCACACCGGCGCCAGGCCUUACCCAUGUGCCGAGUGCGGGAAGAGCUUCCGCCACAAGGAGCACCUGACUCGCCACAGCCGCGUCCACGCUGGGUUAAAACCCUACGUCUGCGCUCACUGCGGGGCGGCCUACAGCACCCGCACCAACCUGCUGCGGCACCAGAGUAGCCACACGGGGGAGCUGCCCUACAAGUGCACGGAGUGCGGCCGGCGCUUCGGGGAGAUCACCGCCCUGGUGGCACAUCUGGUGGCGCACUCCGGGGAGCGGGCCCACAAGUGCCCCGAGUGCGGGAAGAGCUUCCGGCGCGGCUCGUCGCUGACGGAGCACCGGCGGGUGCACACCGGGGAGAAGCCCCACGUCUGCCCCCAGUGUGGGAAGGGGUUCAUGCGACGCUCCAUCCUCAAUGGGCACCGGCGCACCCACACCGGCGAGCGGCCCAACGCCUGCGGGGAGUGCGGCAAAGGGUUCACCCAGCGGUCGUCCCUGCUGCAACACCAGCGCACCCACCGGGGUGAAAGACCCUACCCAUGUCCCCAAUGUGGGAAGAGCUUCAGCCAGCGCUCGGCGCUGACCACCCACCGGCGACUGCACACCGGGGAGCGGCCCUUCCACUGCGCCCAGUGCGGGAAGAGCUUCAGCCAGAGCUCGGCGCUUAUCCAGCAUCAGCGGACCCACACCGGCGAGACCCCGCACCGCUGUGGGGACUGUGGGAAGGGCUUCGGGGACCGCUCGGCCCUCAAGCGGCACCGGCGCACCCAUACGGGAGAGCGGCCCUACCGCUGCACCCAGUGCAGCAAGAGCUUCAAGCAGAGCUCAGCACUGACGCAGCAUGUUCGCAUCCAUACCGGGGAGCGGCCCUAUGUCUGCCCCCACUGCGGGAGGGGAUUCUCUCAGGGCUCGGCUCUGGCCCAGCACCAGAGGACUCAUGCCAAGGAGAAGAGCCUGUCGGACGUGCCCACUGCCAGCCGCCUGUACAGGGAUCCCUUCAUCCGGCCACGGGAUGUGGAGGAGGGGCAGCAGGGCUGCCCCUGGGGACACGGUGCACUCAGCCAGGCUGAAAGAGAAGCUGCAGUGAUAGAAUCAUAGAAAUGUAGGACUCGAAGAGACCUCAAGAGGUCAUCAAUUCCAGGCUCCUGCGCUGAGACAGGGCCAAGUAACCCUCUCCCUGGCAGGUGUUUGUCCCCCCUGUUCUUAAAAACCUCCAAUGACGGGGAUUCCACAACCUCUCUCGGGAGCCUAUAGCAGAACUUAACUACCCUGAAAAUUAGAAAGUUUUUCCUAAUAUCCAACCUAAAUCUCCCUGGCUGCAGAUCGAGCCCGUGACUUUUUGUCCUUCCUUCAGUGGACAGGGAGAACAAUUGAUCUUCAUCCUCUUUAUAGCAACCCUUAAUAUAUUUAAAGGUUGUUAUCAGUCCCCUCUCAGUCUUCUUUUCUCUAGACUAAACAUGCCCAGUUUCUUAAGACUGUUCUUCUAGGUCAGGUUUCCUAAACCUUAUAUCAUUUUUGUUGCUGUUCUCUGGACUCUCUAUCAUUUAUUCACAUCUUUCUGUGGUGCCCAGGAUUUGACACAGUUCUCCAGCUAAGGCCUCACUAGUGCCGAAUGGAACAGGACAGUUAUCUCCUGUGUCUUAUGUAAGUCACUCCCGCUAAUCCACCCCAGAAUGAUACUAACCAUUUUUGGUUAUCUUUAUUGGUUAGCACUCAUCUUUAUUGAAUUUUAUUGACGCAGGUGGGCAGGGUGAAGGGCUGGAGGCUGGAUUUGGGCAUCAUGGGGAAAAGGAGGUGGCGUUUUAAGUCAUUUCUACCAGGAAUCCCGUCCUUGCUGGGGCAUGUCCCCCUCCCAUACCUCUUUCCCAGCAAGGAUUAUUAACCCCCACAGGCUCAGCCUGUCCCCUAAGGCCUGUGCCCAUCCCAUGGGGGCCCCGUCCCUUCACUCUCCUGGAUCUCCCCAGAUCUAGUCAUCCUUCUCUGCUCCUUCCCCUCUCCUGGGGCCAAGGUCGGGGGUUCGCAGACUGAUCCAAAGCCCGUUGAAGUCAGUGGGAAGACUCCCAUGGGCUUUAGGUCAGCUCAUUAAUUUCUCUGAGUCUCUGUUCUCAAAGUGUAAAAUGAGGAUAAUCAAAAUUCAGAUGAUGAGCUCUUUGGGGCCGUGACUGUCUCUCCCUGUGUGUCUGUGCAGCGCCUGGCGCAAUUCAUUUAUUUAUAGAUUCAUUGAUUCCAGUGCCAGAAAGGACCACUGUGAUCAUCUAGUCUGACCUCCCAUAUAACACAGGCC